CAUCAUUCAGUUAAUCACUCAAUCCCUAAGUAAAAGAGUCUCAGAGAAAAGAAAACCCAGUUGUAGUGUGAGUACGUAGCAUGGCAACUCAACAAGAAAACCGUGAAGAACUUGAUGAGAGGGCAAGGCUUGGUGAAACUGUGGUUCCUGGUGGCACUGGUGGGAAGAGUCUUGAAGCUCAAGAACACCUUGCUCAAGGAAGGAGCCGUGGAGGGCAGACAAGGAAGCAGCAACUAGGGUCAGAAGGGUAUCAUGAGAUGGGAACCAAAGGAGGGCAAACAAGGAAGGAACAAAUGGGCAGAGAAGGGUAUCAAGAGAUGGGGCGCAAAGGAGGGCUCAGCACUAUGGACAAGUCUGGUGGAGAGCGUGCUGCAGAGGAAGGCAUAGAGAUUGAUGAGUCUAAGUUCAGGAAUGACUAA